AUGACUACUAUUGAUACAAACGGCUGGGACUUGGUCUAUGCGACCAGCUACACCAACGUGAACACCGAAAUCGCAACACAGUGGUCAAGCUUGAUUGCUGAUCUGGCGAUUUCCCGAUACUCAUUUGCUGGUUUGACCGAUCUCAAUGUCACCAGCGCAGGCCUCGCAGAGUCACUUCAGAUCGGUUUUACCAGUGCAUCCCAGUUGGGUAGUGAAACGUGA